AUGAAGGAAUCCUUCGUCGACGUCCUCAUAAUUGGCGCCGGUCCAACGGGCCUGAUGGCAGCUUUAGCUUUGAAGCGUGCUGGCAUCGACGUUCGGGUCGUAGACAAGAGGCGCGCAGCUACGCAGGAGGGUGUAUCGGUCGGGCAAGCCGACGGUAUACAGCCGCGAACGCUGGAGAUUCUGCAGACAUACGGCCUAGCAGAUGAGCUAUUUCGACAGGGCGGUCAGCUACAUACGACGGCUUUCUACAAUCCGGCCUGCAAGGGUGACAACAUCGAGCUUAGCGUUAGGGUGCCCACCGUUACGGCAACGACUGCACGAUACAAAUUCAAUGUGACUCUCCACCAAGGCGCCGUAGAGGGGAUCUUCCGCGAGGCAUUGAGUUCCAUGGGCGUGGAAGUUGAGCACUCGACCGUCCCGACGUCGCUGGAUAUUCUCGACGAAUAUUUGGGCAACCCGAACGCAUAUGCUGUCAAGGUUCAUCUCGCGGACGGAGACUCCGCCAACCCGAGUCCCAACGAAGUUGUCAACGCCCGCUUCGUCCUCGGAACCGAUGGCGCGCGCUCUUGGACGCGCAAGGCUCUCGGCUUCGUCCUCGAAGGCGAACAGACCGACCUUUACUGGGGCGUCAUCGACUUCGUGCCCGAGACCAAUUUCCCGGACAUACGGAAUCAUUGCCUAUCGCACACGCGCUAUGGCUCUUUCAUGGUUAUCCCCAGGGAGGGUGAUCUGGUACGCUUGUAUGUGCAGAUGGACAAGGAUACCUUGGACUUGGAUGAGUCGGGCGACUUUGACAGGUUCAAGAUGAGUCCGGAUACACUGCUCAAGGCAGCGCAACUACGCCUUCAACCGUACAAUAUCAGCCUCAAGGACCCCGCAGCAGGGUACGCUUGGUGGACGAUAUACCGCAUCGGGCAACGUGUAGCAAACAAGUACGGCAUGCACGAGCGAGUGCUUUUGGCCGGCGACGCAACGCAUACCCACUCGCCGAAGGCAGGGCAAGGGAUGAAUGCUGGGAUCUGCGAUGCGCACAAUCUGGCGUGGAAGAUUGCGCAAGUUCUGCAGGGGCAUGCAGAACUGUCUCUGCUCAAGACGUAUGAAUUGGAGCGCCGGACGUACGCACAAAGUCUGAUCUCCUUCGACAAAGAGUACGCAAAGUUGUUCUCUACAGCUGGGGUCACUCAUGAGAAAUUCAUGCGCGCGCAUCGUGCAUACAGCCCUUUCAUCAGUGGCAUCGACUUCACAUAUCCUCACUCCCCGAUAACGCAGGAGACGCAUCAGGACUAUGCAUCCGGUGUCGUAGUCGGUCGACCUUUUCCUCCUCACGUCUUCUUCCGAGUAGCGGACGCCAGGCCGAUUAACAUACAAGACAUGCUACCUGCUAAUGGACUUUUCAAGCUUCUCGUCUUCGCAGGCGAACAUGCCCGGGCCGAUUUCUCAGCCGACCUUCAGGCGUUCGCUGACGGACUAGCCGAUAUUCUGGCCAAGUAUGGCAGGAGCGGCACUCCUAUAGCGAUGGACGUCGUCACCAUCAUGGCGGGCAAACAGGAUCCGGCGUGUCUCCUGCGUAUACCGUCCACUUUGAGGCCUCACUGGGCCCAAGUCGUCAUAGACGAUGAUACGGAUGUUCAUGGCCACAGUGCUGGAGGAGGUUACGAGAAAUUCGGCAUCAAUCCUUCGCGCGGAGCAAUCGUCGUCGUCCGUCCCGACUCGGUUACGGGAGCGAUAGCGCCUUUGCAGAAGAUCGAAGCGCUAGAGGGAUAUUUUGACGACUUUUUGUUGCCAUCCUUGGUCUGAAAGGGAGUAGGUGUAGUACGUUGGUGAGAAACGACGACAUGCACAAUCUCAGAGAGUCGCCACCAUUUGUGAUCACCGC